AUGGUCAAAGCGCGGUCGUCGAGCGACAUACGAAAGGGGUACAUCGCCAAGCUGCGCGAGUCGGAGAAGCUCCUCCCCCAGCUCACGAGGCCGCGCGAGGCUCAGACGGCGUCUGCCAACGGCAAGGUCUUCAUCAUCACCAACGCGUCUGAGGGGUGGGUGCAGCACUCGUCCUCGAUGUGCUUCCCGAACCUGCAGCCGCUCCUCGCCCCCGUCGUCAUCAUCUCUGCGCGCGCGGGGUUCGAGACGCAGUACCCCGGCGACUCGCACGCUUGGAAGAUGCACGCCUUCCUCAAGGUCCAGGACCAGCUCCAGCUCGAGGCCGUGACGAACCUCGUCUCCGUCGGAGACUCGCACAUCGAGAUGGAUGCGGUGAAGCUCUGGGAGCGGCCGACCCCGUACGAGCUCCAGAAGCAGCUUGAGGUCGUCGCCGACAAGCUGCCUGACAUUUACACGAGCGGCGCCACGCCCUAG